AUGGCGAUCUUGUUCCUCACAGUGAAAGGGUAUGGCCAGACAGGGCCCUUGUCUCAGAGAGCAGGUUACAAUGCUAUCGCCUCUGCUAUGUCUGGUCUGAUGCACGUUACAGGGCCUGAGGAUGGAGAACCUGUUUUCCCAGGAGUGGUCAUGACUGACCUUGCCACUGGCCUGUUUGCCUAUGGAGCCAUUAUGGCUGGCCUCAUACGAUGUUACAGAACUAGAAAAGGACUGUUCAUUGAUUGUAAUCUACUGUCAUCUCAGGUGGCAUGUUUGACCCAAGUAGCUGCUAAUUAUCUUAUUGGUCAAAAGGAAGCAAAAUGCUGGGGCACAGCUCAUGGCAGCAUUGUUCCUUAUCAGGCUUUUAAAACCAAGCAUGGCUACCUCGUAAUUGGAGCAGGAAGUAACCAACAGUAUGCUGUUGUAUGCAAGGUCUUGAAUUUGUCUGAGUUGAUUGAUGAUUCCAAGUAUAAAAUGAACCAUCUUUGGGUGCAGAAUAGAAAAGAGUUUAUUAAAAUCCUAUCUGCACGGUUUGAGGAAGUAACCGCCAAGUGGCUUUGUCUCUUGGAAGGAAGUGGGAUCCCAUACGGCCCAAUCAACAGAAUGAAGGAUGUGUUCUCUGAACCACAAGUUUUGCACAAUGGCCUCAUUAUGGAGAUGAAUCAUCCCACUGUGGGGAAGAUUUCAGUACCAGGUCCAGCUGUGAGAUAUAGCAAGUUCAAGAUAUCAGAGGCAAAGCCACCCCUGCUGGGACAGCACACAAAGCACAGCCUGAAAGAGGUCCUCAGAUAUGAUGACAGGGCUGUUGGGGAACUACUCAGCUCUGGUGUGAUACAACAUGAAACCUAG